AUCAUCGCGGGGCGUUUCCAGGAAGGGAACGGUUACAUUUUCCUGUAAUGGCGGACCAGACAGAGAGCGAGACUAUCGGGUUCAGCGACAACAGAAUGGCGCAGCAGGCGGUGAGGUUCCGCGGCCCUGCCCCUGCACCUGCGCCUGCCCAGACCCCUGUGUUACGAGGCCCACCGCCACUCCUUAGGCCACCACCACCUCCUUUUGGGAUGAUGAGGGGGCCCCCGCCACGACCCCCAUUUGCACGUCCACCCUUUGACCCCAACAUGCCGCCCAUCCCACCCCCAGGAGGCAUGCCACCACCCAUUGGACCUCCCCACUUACAGAGACCUCCCUUCCUUCCCCCUCCCAUCGGUAACCUGCCACCUCCUCCAGGGAUGCUGUUUCCUCCAGGGAUGCCUCCUGUUCCUACAACUGGAACCCCUGCACUCAACCCUACAGAGGAGAUCUGGGUGGAGAACAAGACGCCAGAGGGAAAGGCAUAUUACUAUAAUGCCAGGACCAGAGAGUCAUCGUGGAGUAAACCAGAUGGUGUAAAGAUCAUCCAGCAGUCUGAACUCAAUCCUCUUCUUGUAGCGGGGGCUGGGGCUGGGGGGACAGGUACAAGUGUAGGGGUGACUGCAGCUGCCAGCUCAAGCAGCGUCAACACUACAGCCAGCACUGCAGCUGCAGCCUCCCCUACUCAGGCCCCAUCCACAACCCCCUCCCGCACUCUCACCUCCAGUCCAGACUCCACCUCCUCCCCUUCCCCUUCUGUGUCCAUUGCAGCCACUGUUGUAGCAGACUUAGCCCCUGUUGCCACAGUGACCUCAACUGUUGCUGUGUCUCCAGUCACUGUGGUAACUGUUUCCACGGUGCCAUCACCUGUUACGGCGGUGCAGACUGUGCCACUGCUUCCUGCAGCCCUGCCUCACAGUGUGGCCCAACCCACCGCUGCCAUACCUGCCUUCCCCCCAGUCAUGGUGCCACCUUUCAGGGUGCCUUUGCCGGGCAUGCAUAUUCCUCUACCAGGUGUAGCAAUGAUGCAGAUAGUAGGUGCACCCUGUGUAAAGGCAGGCCCCAGCGCCAACGGUAUGCUUCCUGGUAUGGGCCCGCCUUUAGUUUCCAUGAUGCACCCCCAGCUGGCUCUCUCAGCAGCCCCUGCCUCCAUGGCCGGAUCAUUGCAGCUCCCUGAGUGGUCAGAGUACAAGACUGCUGAUGGGAAAACGUACUACUACAACAACCGAACACUGGAGUCCACCUGGGAGAAGCCCCAGGCCCUGGUGGAGAAAGAAAAAGAAGCUGAAAAGGCCAAGGAGCGUCUGGCCCAGGAGGAAGCAGAGGCAAUGGAGAUGGAGGAUGAGGAAAACAAAACAGAAAACACUAAUAAUGAGAAGGAGGAGCCUAAAGAAGAAGACAUGACAGAGGAGGAAAAAGCAGCUCAGAAAGCCAGGCCUAUAGCCACCAACCCUAUCCCUGGCACACCAUGGUGUGUGGUAUGGACGGGUGAUGACCGUGUGUUUUUCUACAACCCGACAACACGGCUGUCCAUGUGGGACCGACCCGAGGAGCUGGUUGGCCGAGCUGAUGUUGACAAGCACAUCCAGGAGCCGCCACACAAGAGAGGUCUGGAGGACAGCAAGAAGACAGUAAUCAAUAAGGAGGAGCCAGAAUUAGCCAUUGCUACUGAAGAGAAUCAGGAUGAGGAGCCAACCAAGGCCAAAAAAAGGAAGAAGGAGGAUGUGAAGGAGGCAGACUCAGAGAAGGAAGCAGCAAUGGAGGCAGAACUCAGAGCUGCCAGAGAACGAGCUAUAGUGCCGCUGGAGGCCAGGAUGACCCAGUUCAGAGAAAUGCUGCUGGAGAGAGGGGUGUCUGCAUUCUCAACUUGGGACAAAGAGCUUCAUAAGAUUGUGUUUGACCCACGUUACCUUCUGCUCAACCCAAAAGAGAGAAAACAGGUGUUUGAUCAGUAUGUGAAGACGCGAGCAGAGGAGGAGAGAAAGGAGAAGAAAAACAAGCUGAUGCAGGCCAAAGACGAGUUCCGGAGGAUGAUGGAGGAGGCGAAGCUCACACCCAGAACAACGUUUAGUGAAUUUGCAGUGAAGCACGGCCGAGACCCGCGAUUUAAGACCAUAGAGAAGAUGAAGGACAGGGAGGCUAUCUUCAUUGAAUUCAUCACCGCUAUGCGGAAGAGGGAGAAAGAGGACUCCAAGUCCAGAGGAGAAAAGGUGAAGCAAGACUUCUUUGAUCUCCUGACUGAGCAGCACAUAGAGGGAGGCCAGCGUUGGAGCAAAGUUAAAGAGAGGCUGGAGACUGACCCGCGUUACAAGUCUGUGGACAGCUCUGCACUCAGAGAAGAACUUUUCAAACAGUACACGGAAAAACAAGCCAAGAGCGUGGACAUCGAGAAGGAGCGGGAGUUGGAGCGGCAGGCUCGUAUUGAGGCCAGUCUCAGAGAGAGGGAGCGUGAGGUGCAGAAGGCCCGAUCAGAGCAGACCAAAGAGAUCGACCGGGAAAGGGAGCAGCACAAGAGGGAGGAGGCCAUCCAGCAUUUCAAAGCUCUAAUGUCUGAUAUGGUACGUUCUUCAGAUGCAACGUGGUCAGACACACGCCGUAACCUGCGGAAGGACCAUCGCUGGGAGUCAGCGUCGCUGCUGGAGAGAGAGGAGAAGGAGAAGCUGUUUAACGAACAUGUAGAAGCUCUGGCCAAGAAGAAGAAAGAACAUUUCAGGCAGCUACUGGACGAGACCAGCAUGAUCACUCUGACAACUACUUGGAAGGAGGUGAAGAAGGUCAUCAAGGAGGAUCCUCGCUGUAUUAAGUUCUCCUCCAGUGACAGAAAGAGGCAACGUGAGUUUGAAGACUACAUCAAAGACAAGUACAUCACAGCCAAAGCUGACUUCAGAACCCUGCUAAAGGAGACAAAGUUCAUCACCUACAAGUCAAGAAAGCUGAUCCAGGAGUCAGAGCAGCAUCUGAAGGAUGUGGAGAAGAUCCUUCAGAAUGACAAGCGGUACCUUGUUCUGGAGUGUGUCCCCGAGGAGCGCAGGAAGCUUAUCAUGUUCUACAUUGAAGACCUAGACCGCCGCGGGCCACCUCCCCCCACCGCCUCUGAGCCCACCCGACGCUCCACCAAGUGACCAGUCACAUCUUCUUCUCGGCCGAUGCCCUACUCCUCCUUGCCCUCCCUUUGGCCAGAGCAUGACCUCCCCCAACACCCCCUGAACCCCGCCCUUCAGGCCCACGGCUGGCCUCGCAGUGUUAUUACUGGGGGUGAUGUUGCUUAGAGAUGUACCAUAGAGAUGAACGGUUAAGGUCUCUGUGUUAUGUCGCCUCUUAGCCCUGAAAUAGCCCUGCAUUUAAGGCUACAGCAGGGAACAGUGGUUACCUGAUCUCAAGGUGACCCUUGACCCCUCACCUCUGACUGAUUAAAUUAGAGGGAGAGAGGGAUAGUGAUGAGGCUGCUGCCCGAGCAGCCACAGAGGUGUAAGAUAGCUGAUGUAAAUGAAGUUGAGUGUGUGUGGGAGUGCGUCCGUAUGUGUCUGUGAGUGUGUGUGCAUGUGUCUGAGGCGUCCUUAAGCCUUACUGCUCCACUGUGCCAGUCAUUGUUUCAGCGGCUCAGUGUGAAUGUUAGUUUCUGCUCAGUGGUUUACUCCAAUGUCGCAGCAGUUUCUCUGUUGAAUGAAAUAAAGGAAACUUCCACUGUUUUUCAA